CCAAAUUUACUUUGAUUAUAAGAAUACACAUUCCCAUGUCGUUCUUUCGUAGACACUUGAUUCCCUAGUUCCCUUUCACUCUCCCUUUCACUCUUGCGUCAGAAAAUUGUCAUUCGCAAGAAGUAAACAUUACUAACCCAAGCAUCCAACAAGUAUCCAGGCAAGCACACACAGGAUAUAUCACCCUUAGAAUAUCAUGAAAUAUCUGAUUUGCAAUCACAGAAAAUCUUGAGGAUACCUGCCAGCACCAAGAUGUGCCACUGGCUUCGAGUCCGGUGCAGAGAAUGCGACAUCAAGAUCCGGGACAAGCUCAUCACUACCUGUCCGGAUGUCAUUCACGCGAUAAACACACCCGGCGCCAUCGUGCAAACUGAAUACGAAACCUGUCCGGGAUGUCUUCUCUCUCCGACUCCAUCUCCCGAGCCGGACCCUGAACCACCCUCUAAGAAGCCCAGGAGGUCUACCCCUUAAUUAGAGCCUGGUGAAUAUGGUGUUGUUAGGUAUGACGGUUGUUGGCUAGUGCUUGAAGCUUGCUGAGCGAAUGAUAUAAUCUAGGAGGAUGCGAGUGAGGUGGAGCGAGAUGAGAGGAUCUCGAUUGGUGGCUCGCGGUUGAAAAGCUGGGAAUAAGCACGGCCCUGGCAUUGCGAACUACCCCCAGCCACCGUAAUUAAAGACUACUUGAUAGCGCGACCGCAAUUGACUCUCAGAAUCACUUUUUACCCUCAUGUUGUACAGAAUUGACUCUUCUUUAUCCAUAUCUCUUUAAUUUCUGAAGAACAACGCACAGUGGCUGCGGUUCGCGCCUGCAGGUUGAGUAUGCCAACCCGGCAAGCAACGCGCGAGUGGGAUGCGAAUAGAUCGUAUAUAUUCCGCCGUCUUCGCGGUGUUCUCACCCGAAAAGAGACUCACGCACACCUUCAAGCCUUGUCUACCUAUCACGAACAGCAAUUAGUGCACUGGGCCAUAGGGAAGGCUAGGCUAGGCUUUAUGCCUUCAAUUGUUAAGUUCAUGGUGAAUACACAUCCUGUGACAAGAACAAACAGGGUGAUGGAAGCGGUUAAUGGAAUUUUGCGCGGUGCAUGAAAGUCAAGUAUUGCAUACAAAUGUUGAAGUGUUGGUAUGGAAGCCUCCAAGACUGGAGGUUAUUGUCAGAUAUAAGCAAUCGUAUAUAACAUUCAGUUCAUUGAUUGUGUUAUGUAUCUGUCGAAUAUAAG